UAUGACAGAUUUCUUCUAAACCAUUUCAAAAUUGUGUGUAAAAUUUUUAGAAAUAUGUAGCAGAAACAACAUAUAUAUCUUUAAUGAAUUCGUCAUUUGGGCUGGUUUUAUAGAAUACUAUUGACUUAAUAUUUCUACUUGGAAGAUAGUCGUCACCUGGAAUCCAAUAAUGAAGCUAAAGAGUCAUGGCAAAAUCAUCUUCACCAACGCCCAGCGCUCGCAGUGAGGCUGGGUACAGCGGUGUGGCGCGCAAGCCGAGGCGCUGCAGGCCGAGGUGCUGCACUAAGGAAGCAUGUCGCCGCUUUUGGUGCGACAAAGUUUGUUGUAAGCGGUGCCGGUGCUUUAAGAUAUGUGGACGGCGGAUCAAACGCAAAUGGCGCAGGUAUUGGGCAGAGAGACAUUGCUACAUUCCGAAGCGCGUAAGGAGAAAGUGCAAAGACUUCUUGCUAUGUCAAUGUUGUUGUUGCGCGUGUUGUUACACCUUGACUGACGAAGAAUACGACAAAAUCACACAACCGCCACCUAAAAAGUAUCCUCCUCCACCGGCACCUAAAAUCACUCGGCGCGAAGAGCACGUGGAAUACAUAAAGAAACGCUCCUCAAGAAGCCCGAAACGCAAAUUUGAUAAGAAUAUAAAAUCUAACGAAAAUGAAACGGAAGUUUAUUUCUGCACCGUCAAACCACCCAGUUUCAAUUCAAAUAGUCUCAAGCUACACCCUCCUGUAAUGCCAGCUGAAUUUAAUGCAACAGGAAAUAAAGAAAAAGGAGGGAAGGAUUCCAACAGACUUCGACCGAAAGUUGCCUCAUCAAAACGGGAGAAGCAUACCCCAAAACUAUACUUCCAACACAAAAGUUCUGUCGCUAGAAACAUAUGCGACUUUAGUUGCCAAAACAAUUCACAAUCGAACCAAAGUCUCGAGUUAAAGUCGCAUACACUGUCAAAAUCUAUUUCUCAGCAUUCGUCAGUACAAAGUGUUUUUAGUAUCAAAUGGAGACGACGAUUCCGAAGAUAUGAGAAGGCACCCAGCACGCUUCAAACUAUACUGUACAGUUUAGCUAGAAAGUUUAAAAGCAAUAAGAAAAAAACUAAAUCAGCCCAAAAACAUGACAAAAAGAAUGUUCUUGUGCUACAUGUGCCAAAAAAAUUUAGCAACACGUCGAUAGUGGGCACAGUUUCCGCCACUCGCAGCUCGAGAGCUGAGAAGCCUUUGAUCAUCAGAGACGAGUCCUCGCAGGCCUUGCCCAUCGAGCACAGCAAACCGCCUAAUAAGAUAUGUGGACCAGGAGAAGUUCUUGUGAAACGGAAUUCUUUCCAGAAUGUUCGCUAAGUAUGAUUCCUUGAAACCAAAUAAAACUUUUUAACAUUAUAUCAAUUUAGAGUCGACUCAGCCCACUCAUGAGAACUUAUUGUGUAAUAGAAAAUAAACCGAAUGAAGUUUAUAAAAGUAGUAGG